AUGUCAGCAAGAGGACGAAGUGGUUCAACAGGUACCAAAUUCAGAAUGACUCUGGGUCUCCCAGUCGCUGCCGUCAUGAAUUGUGCAGACAACUCAGGUGCCAAAAACUUGUAUGUUAUGGCUGUCAAGGGAAUUAAAGGUCGUCUGAAUCGUCUACCUGCUGCCGGUGUCGGUGAUAUGGUCUUGGCUACCGUCAAGAAGGGAAAGCCUGAAUUGAGAAAGAAGGUUAUGCCCGCUGUCGUCAUCAGACAACGAAAGCCAUGGCGCAGAAGGGAUGGUGUAUACCUUUACUUUGAAGACAACGCAGGUGUGAUUGUCAACCCAAAGGGUGAAAUGAAGGGCUCUGCUAUUACUGGUCCCGUUGGAAAAGAAUGUGCAGACUUGUGGCCCAAGAUUGCUUCUGCAAGUGGUACCGUCGUUUGA